AUGGGUGUUUCGCUUGCAAUCAUUCAAAUUCAAAGUAAAAUACCGCAAAGGACCACAAACAUUGCGGAUCCGUUCUCCAGGUUGGCUGCAGCUACAGAUACCGCGGAUUUUGAGAGAGAGAGUGAAUUUCUAAUUCUGGCGGUGCUAGAGUCUGCCGCUAUCGAUGUAAGCGAAAUCGAAUCCGAGUCAGCAGAGGACUUAGAGCUAGCUGCGGUCAGAGCUUGUCUCCUUUCUGGAAAAUGGGAUAAAACGGAAACCAAACCUUACGACGUCUUCAGAGAAGAAUUGGGAAUGAUUGGAAAUACGCUAAUAAGAGGAAAUAAGAUGAUUGUUCCAGUGAAGCUUCGGCCGCGCAUGUUGAAAUUAGCACAUGAAGGGCAUCCGGGAGAAUCAGUGAUGAAAAGGAGGCUUCGCGACCGUGUUUGGUGGCCAAACAUGGAUCGUCAGGUGGUUGAUUUUGUUUCAGCAUGUGAAGGCUGUCGAUUAGUAGGACUUCCUUCGCACCCCGAGCCUAUGCAACGCCGCCCGCUGCCCUGUAAACCGUGGAUCGAUGUGGCUCUAGACUUUCUAGGACCGCUUCCUACUGGUGACUACUUGCUAGUGCUAAUAGAUUACUACAGCAGAUAUAAGGAAAUAGAGAUAAUGCCUCGAAUCACUGCAAGGGACACCAUACAUCGUCUGGGCCGCAUCUUCACACGGUUGGGAUAUCCAGUUACAAUAACGCUAGACAAUGCGCGCCAGUUCAUUAGCGCCGAAUUUGAGGAAUAUUGUUCUUCACAUGGCAUUCACCUGAACAAUACCACUCCCUAUUGGCCACAAGAAAAUGGCCUUGUCGAGCGGCAAAACAGAUCCAUCCUCAAACGUCUGCAAAUCAGUCAGGCUCUCAAAAGAGACUGGAAAACAGAUUUAAAUGACUACUUAGUCAUGUAUUAUACGACUCCGCACAGUGUAACUGGAAAGACGCCAACAGAGAUGUUCUAUGGCCAUACAAUACGAUCUAAACUACCGCGCUUGUCAGAUAUAGAAGAGGUACCUCGAAACGAUGAAGUUUUUGAUUGUGACUUCAUUUGCAAACAAAAGGGAAAAGAACAUGCAGAUAAGAAACGGCAGGCUACUCCAUCAUUACUACGAGUAAGAGAUACUGUACUAAUGCAGAACUUGCUACCAGGGAACAAAUUAACUACUACAUAUGGACCUACAGAAUUCGAAGUAGUCGAUAAGACGGGAGCUAGGGUAGUGAUUCAAAAUAAGCAGACUAACAAAGUCUAUGAGCGAAACUCGGCCCAUUUGAAACGUGUAUCUCCAACAGAGCCUGAAGGUAAUCCGGAAAUCGGCAAGGAACAAGUGAAGGCUGCUACUAACGUAAUAGACAAAUCUCAAAAUGAAGUAUCGACUCGAUUGCAUAGAACUGUCAGACGACCACAGCGAUUCGAAGACUUCGUCUUAGAUACCGAGACUUCGUCUCUAGGAAGAAAAGGGAGAUGUGACAGCGGAGUUCAGGCACCCCUCGCGGAUGAACGCGAGAACACAGAUGUCGAGUCCCUCGGGGUGUUGCAUCGAGAGCAGACUACGUAUCCCUCGGUGGGUGAAGAAGAAUAA